CGGACACAUGCAGCGGACAAAGCCUGCUGCGGCGUCGACAGCGAGGCGAGGCGUUUCAUCGUGUAUGGUCGCACCUCCUUUCGCCGUUUAGGCUCUGUGCACACAAGCAACGGCCCAGCCAGCCAGCACACACGCACGGCGUCACCACCCGUCUGCCGGACGCCUCUGUCGGUCAGAGCAAGCCUGCCUGCCUACCUGAUUUCCUCCCUGCUUGCCUGAUUUUCUGAAUACCUUCCAAGAUGGGGAACCCAUUCCCAGUGUCACUGUCGCAAGAAUGUCGCAAGGCGGAAAAGAUUCUCACCGAUUUCAUUGACCCUGUCACUGGUCUUGACGCCGUCGUCCCCCUAAGCGUGCUGCGCAAGGCCCAGGGGUUCGCCAUCUUUAGCGUCUUUCGAAUUGGCGCCCUCCUCAGCGCCCGUGCGGGUAGUGGCGUCGUCCUCGCCAAGGCUGAGGAUGGAGAGUGGUCACCGCCCGCCGCUGUCGGCCUCGGCGGCCUCGGUGGCGGCUUCAACGCCGGAGCUGAGGUGACUGACUUUCUCAUAGUACUCAACUCCCGCGCUGCUGUGCGCUCGUUCAUGGCGACCGGCUCGCUGCAGCUCGGCGGCAACCUAUCUCUCGCCGUGGGGCCGCUCGGCCGCUCGGCCGAGGCAUCUGGCUCUCUCUCUACCUCUGGCGGCGCGGCGGCUAUGUUUAGCUACUCGAAGAGCAAGGGCCUUUAUGGCGGCGUCAUCCUCGAGGGGACCAUCCUCGUUGACCGCGCAGACGCCAAUGCCAAGGCCUACGGCAGACGCAGCAUCACCAGCAAGCUCAUCCUCAGCGGCACCGUCACCGUCCCCGAGUUUGCUCGCCCCCUGCUCAGCACCAUCGAGCGCCUCAUGCGCAACGGGGGAGCUGUCGGCGCAGGCAUGCAUGGCGACUUUCGCAACAUGGGAAUCGGUGCUGCAGAGGACGCCGUCGCUGGCGCGGCCGACGGAGCGCUUUACGACAAUUUUAGCCGCCCUGUGUGCAGUGGCGUUGGCAGGCGCUCACGUCCUGCACGUGAGAACGGAGACAGCAGCGGCAAUGCCAACCGGACCGAGGAAUAUAAUGAUGACGACGGUGGUCGCGUUUACCACGAGGAGGAGGGGGACUUCGGCGAGCGCGAUUCGUACGACACCCCCUCCCGUCCCGUCACGAUGGCCCGGCAGUGGUCGAACAGUGACCGGCAGCAAAAGAAUGAGAACGAGACGCGUAACGUUGGAGCGUACGUUUUCGGCAGGGGCUCCGCUGCCCAGGACCAGAACGACCCUUUCGCUGACAACGCCGCGUCGACCAGCAUUGGCAGGCGCAUGAGCCCGAGCGUGUCGCGCAGCUACAACAACAGCGGAAGAAGCAGCAGGCAGCGCGCCGGCUCGCGCGCGGCGAGCGACUAUGCUUGCGCAGACGCCGCCGCCGCUAAUGAUCCCGUCUGCCCGCCGUCUACGUCAGCUGCGUCAUCUUCGUCGGCCGGCAGCAGACCAAAGCACCAUCGCAAGGGGAGCAGCUUCAGCUUCCCAUCCUUCCGCAGUGGUGGUGGCAACAGCGGAACAAAGAACUUGCGCACGACACCCACACCACCGUUGGCAAAUUUCCAGUACGACUACGACGCGGACCGACAAGACGCAGAUGUUCGCAGUCGCAAUGCUGUUAUGAACGUCAACACGGCGCACACAGCAGCUUCUUUCCCAGUGCAGUUCAACAACGGCAGCAGCUUCAGCAGUGGCGAAGAAGACGAGCAGUACUUCACGUCGUCGAGCCAGUACCACCACCACCACCAGCAACAGUCAGAUGCGCACAAGCCGCUUGGUGCUUUGAGUUCCUCCUCCUCAUCCUCCACGACGGAGCACUACAGCUGGGAAGAAAGCGAUGGUGGGCGCGAUCGUGAGCGCUACUUCGACGCCUUCGAUCGCGAACUGCAGCAGCCCAAGUCAGCGAAUGCUUGCUCGGGAUAUAACACCAGUGGCGGUGGUGUCGCCGACAAAAGGGCUACACCGACGCUUUGUUUGAACGGGGGCAGCGGCAGUGGGGGAGGGCGUGGUGAUACGCGUGCGAGCCCCAUCGCUAGCCGCAGCGCUAACAACACGUCACGCAGCAGCUUCAGGACUAGCAGUCGUGCGGAUAGCCGCAGCGAAACGCCGAUAUGGGCGCGCAACUUGCAUUUCGACGAUCGCGUCAACGCCGGUGGGUAUGCGAGGGGCUUAGCGGCUGCGCGGGGUCGAGAUCGAGAAGAGGAGAGGGACGAAGAAAAUGACCCGUUUUACCGCACGUACUAUGAGGCGCGGCAGGAGGGUAUGCGCAGGGACUUGGCGGGUGCAGGCGUGCGGACGAAGAUUCAAAGCUACGAUCCGCCGCCGGCUGGCAAGCCUGUGCGUGCACCCUUACCCUCUGAUCUCUCGGAGGGCCAACCAACGCCGGUUCCAUUUCCGCAGAACGAAUACGUCAUCGCACAGUUCGAUUUUGGCGGCGCCGAACGCGGAGACCUCACGUUCAAGCGCGGCGAUGUGAUCGAGGUCCUGCGCCGCACGGCCAGCCGCGAAGACUGGUGGGACGGCAAGUGCCGAGGCCGACUUGGCAGCUUCCCCGCCAACUACACCGAAGAUCUGUGAUGCCCCGCCUGGUGGUUAGGCUUGAGGCUGGAUCCCUCUUCCGCCUGGACGAGCAGAUACACUACCUUCAUUCCUGCUACUGUUCUCUCUCCCCAUUUUUCUCAAUUAUCGAAACAACACUCGCACUUCACUUCGCACGCCUCUGUAUAUCUGCACUCUGUUAUGUAUGUUCUGCUUCUUGCUUGUUGGUCUCACACGCGACGAACCCGCCCCACCGCAUGCAUC